AUGUCUGAAGGUUUACCAAAUAAUGAACAAACUGCUCCAGAUCCAGUUGCUGAACUUAAAGAAUGUUUAUACUUCAGCAUUGAGAAUGUUAAAAACAAGUUAAAUGAGAGGAUUCAUGAAGAUGUGGAUGGCAUCGAUUACAUCUGUGUUCAGUUAGCUAGAAUUGAAAAUCUUGUGGAAAGAGCUUCUGCUUUGUACAACAUUCCCAAUGAUAUUGCAAACUCUUUAAGAAUAGCACAGGAGAAGUUAAAAUCUGUAGGAGGAGAAAAUGAACAGACAUAAAUUUUUAUUCAUAGUGGUUGUCGUGGAAGACCAUCAGUAUACAUUCCGAAAGAACUUCUUCAGUUGUAUUUGGAUUACAGGUUCACGUUCAAAAAGAUUGGAGAAAUAUUUGGUGUAGCUAGCAAAACCAUACAAAGACGAGUUGUUGAAUUUGGCCUGAAGUCUUGCAAUUACACUAUGCUAUCAGAUGAACAACUGGAUGAACAGAUGUAAGAAAUUCUUUACAAUAUACAUAAGGAUAUUACUUGACUGUGAUUGGUUGAUUUCAGUGCAGUUAAUCCCAAACAGCAGUGCAAUUUUCUGUAAUCACAGUGCAAUUUUUCUGUAAUCUUUACAUGUCAAAUGUUUUCCCACUAUAAUAAAAUAACUGCCCCCUCCCCCCCUUCUGAACCAAUACUUUUAGGUGCCUUUUUCGGUCAAAAAUACCUCAUGACCAACCCCCUUUUUUGCCAGCCCACCCCCGGUCAUAAAUAAUGAAUGGUCGCUUACCUAUACUUCAAACACUCAUUAAUAAUUCAUAAGCUUAUUGGCAAAUCAUGUAAACUAUAACAUGUCACAUGCAGUGGCUUGAUAAAACACUCCUAAUUAGUAUUCUCUAUACAAAAAAUACUAAUAAGGCAGUAUCUAUUGUUGUCGUGUCCACAUUAGUAUUUUUUAUAUAAAGAAUACUAAUAAGGCGGUAUAUCUAUUGAAUUUGUAUAGUCGUGUUUGAAGUAAAGGUCUAAAGUAAAGCCACUUUUAUGGUAUUAGGUCUAAAGUAAAGCCACUCGCGCUGGGCGCUCGUGUCUUUAAACCUAAUAAAACACUCCUGCUCGUUUAUUAAACAGUACUUCAGGUAUAGCAUAACACUGAAGAAAAUGCAGAAUAUGAAAAGCCACAAUAACUAAAGUACUAGUACUCAAGUAACUGUGUACAAAGUAAUUGUCCAGGUGGUUUGUCCAUUAGUUUCAGGUUUCAACGAUAAUUGAUCAUGCAAUGAAUUUUUUAUUGUUAUUAUUAUUAUAAUUUUUUUUUCACUUUUAAUAUUGUAUAUAUUAAUUAAUGUUACUCUAUUAUUUAUAAUGUUUUCAGAUCAGACAUUUUAAAAGUAUUUCCAAACUGUGGAUAUCGAAGAAUGCGUGGUUUUUUAACAGCAAGAGGUUUACACAUUCAAUGGCGCCGGAUAGAAGAUAGUAUGAAGCGUGUGUGUCCAGAGGGCAUACUAAUGCGGUGUUUACAAUUCAGUGUUCUUAAAAGAAGAAUCUAUAAUGUAAGAUCACCAUUAUCACUUUGGCAUAUAGAUGGCAAUCACAAACUAAUAAGGUUAGAAUUCAAUUAAUGUGCCAUUUUUUGUAUGUUCCCUUGCCAGAUAUAGGAUUAUUGCCAUUGGACACUUUCUUAUAGUAACACGGUUUAAAUAUCAUUUAAUUAAAUUGAUAUUACCAAAUAAGGCAAAUGUGGGUGGAUAUACAAUACCUAAAGGUGUAUAUAUGAACCACUUGUACUUGAAUAUUGAUUUGUUUACUUUGUUAGAUGAUUAAUUGCUUGUAUUACACCCAAAUUUGAGAUGGAAAUUGAAUGCAGCUUGCAUUUAGUAUUAUUUUAUAUUUCAUUUUACUUUCUACUACUCUAGAUGGGGUUUUGUCAUUCACGGAUGCAUUGAUGGUUAUUCUCGCCAGAUCACCUUUCUGCACUGUAGUUGCAAUAAUAAAGCUCAAACAGUUCUACAACUGUUCCUUGAUGCUGUGGAUGUUUUUGGAUUGCCUUCUAGAGUGCGUGGAGAUAAAGGUGUGGAAAAUGUGGAUGUCGCUUGGCAUAUGUUUACUCAUCCCAUGCGUGGCCCUGAUAGGGGGAGCUUCAUUUCUGGCAGGAGCUGCCAUAACCAACGCAUUGAAAGACUUUGGAGGGAUGUAUUUAGCGGUUGUACACAUAUAUUCCACAGUCUCUUUCACCACAUGGAAAAUGAAGGAAUAUUAGACAUCGGGAAUGAUCUGCAUCUCUAUGCAUUAAGAUAUGUAUUCACGAAAAGGAUCAACAAUAGUUUAAAGACAUUUGCAGAAGGUUGGAAUCAUCAUCCUCUUUCAACUGAAGGCAACAUGUCACCUGCUCAGCUGUGGGUUUGGGGCCUGAGGAAUCAACUCAUUGACAUGGAACUUAACGAUGUAAGGUAUCCAUAUAAGUUAAGUAAAUCGUGCUUUAGUUCAAAGUAUCCAAGUGCUGAACAUCACUGGCAAAGAGCAAUUGAUAUAUUGGUGCACGUGUAACUCUCAAAAUGUUUACUUUGUCUUUGCGACCAAUGGUUCAAAUUCAGCACGAUAAUCUGGCGACUGAAACUUAGGGCUUACUAAAAUGUCUAUGGCGCCGAACACCGAAACAUUGUGUGUUCAUGCCUGUUUUGUUUUCAUCGUUUGGUCGAACUAUUUUAGAACUAUUAAGUAGAAAACUUUGUAUCAUAAUGUAUCAAUCAAUUCCAUGGGUUCCCAUCCCACCCACCCCCGUUUAUCGGGCAUUUGUCAUUUUGGCGAAAAAAAUUUGCAAAUGGCCCCACCAUGGCCAUGGGGUCCAAAUAAUACAACAAAAUAUCCACCCUUGGGGACUUAUAUUGACGCAAGUGUCCCACCCUAGGCGACAAAAUUUCCUGAGGAUUCCAGAACCAAAAAAUCGAAUGCAGGCUAUACUGUAUCUCGUGUCAAUAUACCUGUUAUUUAAAAUCGAUUCUGAAGCCAUUAAUACGGCUAAAUGGCGAAACAAGCGACAAAUAUUCAACUUUUUAAGCUCGAGCAAAUUCCCCACCCUGGGGCUAACCUGCAGAAAGCAAAUGCCCGACCCAGGGAACAAAUACAGUUGAAAGUGCAGGGAAAAUUAUGUGUAAUACGUUUUCUGUAGGUUGAAAUAAACGAUUAUGGAAUUGACGACGAUGGCCUAUCACCAAAUCCUGCAUGGAGUGAAGAUGCAUCUUUCCCAGAUGUUAUAGAAGUCCCUGACAUCUAUCUUCCCAUUCCUCCAGAUGAAGUAGACAGUCACCUAGCACAAUUUGACCCACUAGCAAGCAGCCAAUAUUUUGGAAUUGAUAUCUAUUUGCAGGUCCUCACGCAUUUAAUUAAUAUUUUUGACGAUAGAUAA